CAGAGUGCACCCCCUGUAAUUCAGCAGGUACUGUAAAGCGGGAGUGGGGGUGGGUUAGAGAAGUGUUGGCUACAGCAGAAGGUGUUGCUGUCAUCAAAAGGAUCUGGAGAACCUGGAGAAAUGGGCUGACAGGACCCUCAUGGAGUUCCACAAGAAAAAGUGCAAAGUCCUUCACCUGGGGAGGAACAAUGCCAUGUUCCAGGAAAGCAGGCUGGUGGAAAAGGCUCUGGGGGUCCCAGUGGAUACCAAGUUGAACAUGUGCCAGCAGCAUGCCCUUGCCAUAAAGCAGCCUAAUGAUGGUUGAAUCAGCAGAGUCCCUUGAACAGGUCAAGGGAAUAUCUCAAACAGCCCAAGGCAAGCCAUACUUCCCCUCAGUUCACCACUUGUGAGACCAGACCCUGUUUAGUGUUUUAGAGCUGGAAGGGAUCUAGUUCGCAACCCUUAACCCUUGUUUCCUGGAGACUAAACCUGCACUUGACACUGGCCUUGCAAAUAACCCUCUAAAAUUGAGUCAGAUAUAUGUUUUCCUCUACACUUCCAAAAUAAAUAAAUAAAUAAGCAGAUAAAUUGAAUGAAAGAAACCAAAGACUGCAUCAUUCGGGAAAUGAUAUGUUUCACCUCAGUCGAAAUCUCUUCUGAAGUGAGUAGAAAUCGGCGCUUCAGACUGUCUCGUUAAGUUCUUUGUCUUGUUAAAUUCUUUUUCUCCUUAAAUUCUUUCUCCUGCUUGUUGUAAUUGGCUUCGCAAAUUACCCUCUAAUAGGAAAUCAGAUGUAUGUUUUUCUUCAUCCCUCAAAGGAAAAAUAAGAGAUAAAAUCAAGAAAGUAAAGUUUCUUUCCUUCAGGCAAUUUGUUUCAUCUCGGAGAAUAUCUUUUCUGAAUCACCUCAUUAGUAGGGUUUGGCUCUUUAAAUUGGCGCGUUAAGUACUUUGUUCUUUGGCUCCUUAAUUAAUUUGUCCUCCUUGUUAGGGAACGCUGUGGACCCCACCCUGUCUUUUCUGGGAUAUAACACAAGGGUGAGAUUGGGCAGACAAAGAUCAUUCUCAUGGUAAUGCCUGGUUUCUAAGGUAAAUGAACAAGUAUUUCCCAAAGAAAUGUUAAAACCUGGUCUCCCAGUUUUGUCCCAUUGCUUUCCUUCCCACUUACUCUAGCUUCUCCAUGAGACAAGAGUUCAGUCUGACAUGAUUAUUCGUGGGUUUAGUUCCAUGGUGUUUGAAAGCUCUCAUUCUACGUUUUCCGUUUCUCAUUUCCUUUAUGAGUUGUGUUGGAGCAUGGUGUUACCUAUUCCCCUGAAGAAGGACAGUCACCACAGGCAGAACAUGUUUUUGGAAUAGUGGUGGUAUGGCACUGAACAUUUGGAAAAGCUCACGCUGCUUUGCGCUGCAGUCAUACGCUGCAUCACGGCCACGCAGGACACGCUUUCCUGUAAAGGUGAAAUGAAAAGAACGCUCGAACACCGGCGUUUGUGAAAGGCUGAGUCGGCGGCCAGGAGCGCGUCCCGUCCCGGAGCAGUCCCGCCGCAGGCCGCAGGGUGGUGCUCGUGGCCAAGGCGGCGGCGAGCGGCUGCGAGCGGGGAGGCGGCCGAGCCCAGCGCAGCGCAGCGCAGCGCAGCCGGGAGGCGGCGGCGAGCGGUCGUCCGCGGCGUCCUCCGCAGCAGCCGCUGCCGGUCCCGGAGUGCCGCGCUGCGGGCCGCCAGCCGAGCUCGGCGAGAGGGAGAGAGGGAGGCCGCGAGGGAGGGCGCCCGCCCUUGGCGCCGCGCUGCUGCCGGGCGCCGCUUCCCGCGGAGGACUGCGGCAGACGGAGGGUGUCCGCCGCCCCGCCAUGGCGUCUGCAAGGCAAGUGCUUUGUCUGUGUGCUUUGCUGUGCGUGCCGCGCGUUCGCUGCGAGCCCAUCCGCUACUCCGUAGCCGAGGAGGGGGAGAGCGGCUCCGUGGUGGCCAACGUGGCGGAGGACGCGGGGCUGACGCCGGCGCAGCUGUCGGCUCGCCGGGCACGCAUUGCCUCCGCGGACGGCCGGCAGCAUUUUCGCUUAGAGCGCGCCACCGGCCGCCUCGUCCUGGCGGAGCGGCUCGAUCGCGAGGAGAUGUGCGGCCGCUCGCUUACCUGCACGCUCGCCUUCGAGCUCCUGCUGGAAAACCCGCUGCAGUUCUUUCGUGUCGAGGUGGCCGUGGAGGACGUCAACGACCACUCGCCGGUCUUUCCCGAGGAACGAGUCACUCUUCAGAUCCCGGAAACCAGCGACCCUGGCUCGCGUUUCCCUGUGGAGGCGGCUCAGGACCUGGACGUUGGCAGCAACAGCAUCCAGGCUUACACCAUCGCUCCCGAGAACGAGUACUUCAGUGUUUCCUUUAAGCAUCCGAGAAAAAAGUUUAUAGAAUUGGUAUUGGAGAAGCCUCUAGACAGGGAGGAGCAGCCAGAGCUGCUUUUCAGUCUCAUUGCUACAGACGGUGGCUCUCCACCUAGGAGCGGGACUGCCCAAAUCCACAUCGUAGUUCUAGACGCAAAUGACAACGCUCCCACCUUUAGUCAGGACGUUUAUGUUGGUCAGGUUUUGGAAAGUGCCCCAGCAGGCUCUGUGGUUCUCGGAGUUGUAGCCACCGAUCCAGACGUGGGACUGAAUGGUGACAUCACCUAUAGGUUCAGCCAGUCAGUGGGUGAGAACCAAUUGCCCUUCACAAUUGAUUCCAUGAGUGGUGAAAUUCGUGUCACAAAGCCCCUGGAUUUUGAGACCACACAGAAAUAUGAUCUCAGUGUACAGGCAACUGAUGGUGGGGGUCUCUCAGGCAUGUGCAAUGCAGUGGUGGAGGUGAUGGAUGUGAAUGAUAAUGCACCGGAACUGGUGAUCAGUUCCUUCAGCAGCCCCCUCCUCGAGAACACAGAGCCUGGGACAGUGGUAGCAGUAUUUGCUGUGAGAGACCGGGAUUCUGGUGUGAAUGGGGAGAUCAGCUGUGGUCUUGAAGACCAGCUCUCCUUCUCCCUGAGGCCAGCCUAUAAGAAUUACUAUGAGUUAGUGACAGCGACCACAUUGGACCGGGAGGAGACAGCUCAGUACCUUGUGGUCAUCACAGCGGCAGACACAGGCUCUCCUCCUCUCACCACUACCCAAACAUUCACUGUGGACAUUUCCGAUGUCAAUGACAAUGCCCCCGUCUUCAACCAGACAUCGUACACCAUGUAUGUGCGAGAGAACAAUAUCCCUGGAGUGCUUGUUGGGGCUGUCAGUGCAGCGGACUCAGAUGCAGGACCCAAUGCCAAGGUGACCUAUUCCCUGAGGCCUGUGCACCCCACUGAGCAGGACCCCUGCUCCUGCAUCUCCGUGAACUCAGAGAACGGACAUGUGUUUGUGCUGCGUCCACUGGACUAUGAGCAGCUGAGGCAGCUUGAGGUGCUGGUGAGUGCCACUGAUGCAGGGUCCCCUCCCCUCAGCACCAACAUCACCGUCCGCCUCCAUGUCGUGGAUGAGAACGACAAUGCCCCACUGGUGUUGCACCCUGCUCAGGACAGCAGCCCGCCAUCCAGUGAGCUGGUGCCAGCGUCAGCUGAGGUGGGGGACCUGGUCACCAAAGUGGUGGCCGUUGAUGCGGACUCUGGUCAGAACUCGUGGCUUUCCUUCCACCUGCUGAGGGCCACAGACCCCGGGCUGUUUGCUGUGGGUAGCCAAAAUGGGGAGGUGCGUCUGAGGAGGCCAGUGACAGAGAGGGAUGCAGUGAAGCAGAAGCUCGAGGUGCUGGUGCGUGACAAUGGGCAGCCACCUCUGUCGGCCACUGCAGCACUGAACGUACUCCUGCUCAACGGCCUCUCACAGGAACACCUGCCACAGCAGGAGCUGGCUGUGCAGGAUGAAGACAGCUCCCUGACAAUCUAUUUAAUCGUUUCACUGGUCUUUGUCUCCCUCCUCUUCCUCACAUCUGUCGCAGCCUUUGUUGCUUGCAAGGUGUGCAAGAGAAAGGAGCUGAAAGGAGGGCACAUGCUGUAUGGCACGGGUAACUUGCCUAGCAGUCUUGCUGCUGGGGCUGCUGCUGGGACCCUUCCCCACGCCUAUUGCUACGAGAUCAACCUUACCACGGGGUCGGGCAGCAGCGAGUUCAAGUUCCUGAAGCCCAUCCUCCCCAGUGUGCCACCACAGCACUCUGGCACAGGCAGGGGUGUUGGUGACACAGAGGAUUUCCCUCCCAUCCAGAACUCCAUGGGGGAUGCAGCCCUGGACAUCUCUGGUACACCAUCUGUUGGACACUUUAAUGGCCUUCCCUUUAACUAGGCCUGAAUCCACACAGUGAAAGGCUUCAUGCCUUGGAGCUGGAAGGGAUCUGGCUAAAGGAAUUCGGUCUUGUUUCCUGGAGGUUAAAACUGCCUUUGUAAUUUUCUUCACAAGUGAUCCUCUAACACUAAGUAAGAUAUAUGUUUUUCUUCACCCCUCCAAAAAGGUUCGGAAUUAAAUAAUGUAAGAAAACCAAGGCUUUCUGCUCAUGCAAUGAUGUGUUUCAGCUCUGAUACUGAGUUCUCCAAAGUGCUUCAUGAGCAAGGUUUGAUCCUGGCUCUCUGGCUAAAUGCUUGUCAUUAGGAAAAACCUUGACAAUCACCCUGUCUUAUUCUGUGCUGAAACAUAAUGUUGAGGCUGGGCAGAUAACAGUGCAGUAUAACCCGGCUCACUUUACUGCAGGGAAGAAAGAUGUUAGCCCUGUGUAUCACUGCAGUGGAAGUGCUUCUCUCUUUCUUUGCUGAGUCCUGGAUCUCUCUGUGUGAGUCAUGUUGGCACCAUGUGUUUUUGCACUGUGUGGUCUUCCACCUCAGUUGGCUUGAACCAUGUAUUUUACUGGGUUCUGCCAUCUCUUCUUCUGCAGGGUACAGCAAAUACAUGCAGAGCCAGACUUUGCAGUGGUCCAUGUGCUUGGGAGUGACUCAGAACUAUAGCAGGACUAAUGAUUCCAACAUAGACACUACUUAUACAUAGCUAUGACCCUGAUCAUUGUGUUUGCGUGGAUGGCAAGGCAUCUUGAUUCAUUGCCUCAGAGGACAUUUGUCUACAAGGCAGAAGAAAGAUAGACUUUAAAACAGAAUUUCCUUUAUUUGUGUCAUUGUUUUCAUUUAUUCUUGAAGGGGUUCCUCAAUGAAAGGGAAGUGCUAUCAUGGUCUGGUUUUCCAGGUUUUUGUUAGAAUGCUUGCAUCUUCUUUUUUUUCCCUUUCUCCUUUGUCUGUGUAUUUAAGCAUUGUCGUACAAAUUCCCCUUAAGAAGGACUGACACCCAAACUGUAACAAUGGGUUUUUGGAAAGAAGGUGUUCUGGGACUGGAUACAUAGACACCCUUAUGUUCUGUUGUGCUGCAUUAUACACUGUAUCAUUUUUAAGCUGGUAUACCUUUGUCUGUAAAAGUGAAAUGGAAUGAAUGCCCGAGUGCCAUUCUGGCAAUAAAAAGGAUGCUGUUGUCCAGGG